AUGCCACAAGAUUAUCGCAGCAAGAAAGCUACACUCACAAUGUAUCCGGGGGCAGUGCAUUUUAUAGAAACACCAAACACACCCUUGAACAGAGUCGUAGAUGCAUUUGAUCAUUACCAAGUGGCGCUUAGUCUACGGAGACAGAAACAAAAACACACAUCUCUGAUGGAAGCAAGCGUCCCGGACAGACAGACGGACCAAAAGACGAACAGACCGCCUACGGAUGACAACUGUAAAUAUAAUUUGGGCAAUGCCGACCAACAAAUAAAAUUUUCUAUUAGGAACAUACUACAGUUACCCAGAGAUGUUCAGGGUGGCGAGGAACAUACGGAUAACAGGGUACAGGAAAACCACAAGUUGGCCCUAAAAGGGAAACGGAAGCGAACAACUUUCUCCACUCGUCAGCUACAGGAACUGGAAAAAGCUUUCAGAAAAAUGCACUACCCUGAUGUAUUUUUGAGAGAGAAACUGGCUUGCAAGAUAAAACUUCCGGAGUCACGCAUACAGGUAUGGUUCCAGAACCGUCGGGCGAAGUGGCGGAAGAAGGAGAAAUUUUCCAGUUGCCAAGGUCUGCUUGCGACCUACAGUCUACCUUUCCCUUUUGCGUGGUCAACACCGCCGGCAGCGGCCCUAAUCCAUUCCCAGAGCAAGUUCCUGGCAAAAUUCUUCAGAGGCAGUCCGCCGUCCGACAUGACAACUAAGAUCACCACAAGUGAACUGAUUGUACCACGUGCCUUCGUAACCCAUGGAAACAAUGGAUACAGUUACCAAUCCCAGACAGUCUCCGAGUCAUAAGUACCUAGGAUACAAGGAUGCACGGGGUUUAGACUAGUUCUAUCACAGCAUCUAGUUAUCUUCGUAUAUCAAUGUUAAUGUCAAAUUUACCUUCACUGAGGUAUAUGCUAUACACAAGGAACCAAACGUCCCGGAAAGGGUAGAAACGUGUAACAUUAAAAAUAUGAAUAAACGUAAUCAAUUUAACACGUGAUGGAAAGAAGAACUUUUCUUUGGUUAUCGUGACUGUGAGUUUGUGUUUUCGUGAGACUUUGUAUGUAAACACUUCCAUUGUUUCAGAGGUCGCAUUAACUCUGAAUUCUUAAUGCCGUUUUUAAGGGUUAAAUCUCAAAACCAAAGAAAAGAAAUAAAAAUGAUCUGAUUGAUAUGUUCAGUAUUUAUACAUAAGUAUAUAUGUGAUAAGUAAACUAUACCGGACAUUCAGCAUCAUUAUACGGUGUAUGAGGCAAUCAAAAACCAUAUCAAUUUUAGAUAAUGAUAAUGAAAUGAGUGAAAUAGUUAACUUUGCUAUUGACAGCCUUGAUAUUGAAGGAUUUUCUGCCACUAAACGUGGUAUUUGUGUCACAUUGGGUCAUUCCAUAUAUAGUGUUUCACUGCUUAGAAGCAUGUAGUAACAUCAAACGCUAACCUUAAAAGAUAACGGCACACACUUUCAUCUUUCAAUCACUUGACACUUUUGAGACCAAAUAUGCAUGAAUUGAACAAAACUUAGCAUACUGUUUUACUGUUAUUUAUGUUUUGAUAUGGUAUUGGGGUAAUUGAAGGAUAACCGCCUCGGAAAUGCUGUAUCUCGGAAGCACUGUUGAGCAAUUCCCUCCUACAAAAUCCUGCAAACAAAUAUUUGCGUGUGUUAUAUAUCAUUUAUAUUGAAUUUGGAACCUCCUUUCCCGCAAUUUCUUCAGCUCAUGGUAGUGUUGAAAGAUUUCGCAAUCGUCAAAGACUGUGGAGUACAAUGCAGAUUUGACACCUAAAAAAUAAACAAAAAGUUCA